AAGAAGGACAUGGAGGUUUUACGGGGUUACUUGUCUCUCCAUCAAGCGGGGGAUAAUCUCACGCUGAAGUGGACACCCAAUCAGCUCAUCAAUGGCACACUGGGAGACUGCGACCUGGAGAAGAGUAUCUACUAUUACGCACUCACUGUUCCUCUGCGCCAGAUAGUAUGCAUCCACUGUCACCAACCUGACUGUGGGGGGACACUGGUUCUGGUCAGUCAGGAUGGGAUCCAGCGGCCACCCCUGCACUUUCCCCCUGGUCACCUGCUGGCCUUUCUCUCCUGUCUAGAAACGGGCCUGUUACCGGGCCAGUUGGAGCCGCCUCUCUGGUCCCAAAAAGGAAAGGGUAAAGUAUUCCCUAAACUGAGGAAGAGGAGUAGUGCCGCCAGGCUUAUCGACCAGGAAGCCAACGGCGAGGAGCAGUCGGCCGCCGACUACGUGUUUCGCAUCGUCUACCCUGGAUAUCGAUACGAAGCCAUCACUAUAAACUACCACCACACCACGGGCAGCCGCGCGCCAUCGCUGGAUGAUGACGAGGAAGAGGAAGAUAGGCUCCAUGCUAUGAUCUCAAUGAUCUGCUCGCGGAACCUCACAGACCCUAAUGUCAUGAAAGACCACGGGGACAUGAUGGACACGCAGGGCUUUGGAGGCAGCCCGUCGUCAUGGCAACAGGCUGAAGUCACCACUCACGAGUCCCUGUGCCAGUCCUGCUCCACUGCUGGCAGCAACCUGUCCUUUGACUACGCGUCUGGCUGUACCUGCAUACACGACCCGUCAGAUAUUCACACUAUUCCUCUGAAGAUGCUCUGCCAGAACAUGAAGCGGCAGAUAGUCUCCAGAGCCUUCUAUGGAUGGCUGGCAUACUGUCGACACCUGUCCACAGUGCGGACUCACCUGUCAGCUCUGGUCAACCACAACAUCGUCCCCCCAGACAGACCCUGCGAGGCAUCCGGGGGCCUCAGCAAAGAGGUGUGGAGCAAGUACCAGAAAGACUGCAAGAACUACAAGGAGCUGGAGCUGCUCCGGCUGGUUUAUUACGGUGGAGUGCAGCACGAAAUCAGAAAGGAGGUGUGGCCUUUCCUUCUGGGACACUACAAGUUUGGCAUGAGCAAAAAGGAGAUGAGUAAGAUCGAUGCAAAGAUCGGCGAGCGGUACCAGCAGGUGAUGCGGGAGUGGAAGGCCUGCGAGGUGAUCGUCAAGCAGCGGGAGAAGGAGAUGCAGUCGGCCAUCUUUGCCAAGCUCUCCUCGGGCAGCAGCAUCGACAGCCACGUCCUGCGGCUCGUCCACAGAGACUCCACGCUCAGCAAUGAGGUGUUCAUGUCUGUAGAUGAGCAGGAUGCAGGAAGCCAGGAGACCCCCAGCGGAGAGGACAGCACUCCCACAAUGACCAACCUGGUGCCCCCCGUGGCCCUCCCACAAGAAGAGCGUCCUCUGGUAGAAUUCGAUUCCCCCGACUCAGGGCUCCCCUCCUCUAGAAACUACUCUGUGACCUCUGCUCACUCCCAGAUCCUGUCUAGUAUCGAUGACGGUCAGAGCACAGAGGAGGAGGGUGGGGGCGCGGAGGACGGCAGGACUCCCAGUGAGCUGGCGGGGUGCCGGGACUCUCUGACAGAAGACAGGCUGUGCAGUCAGCUGGACAAACUGGUGACCAGUGGAGCAGCUGCUGAGGGGACGUCACCAUCGCUCUCUUCCUAUACAAUCGAGUUGUUGGACACGGUCGCCCUCAACCUCCACAGAAUAGACAAAGAUGUCCAGCGCUGCGAUCGCAACUACUAUUAUUUCACCACGAGCAACCUGGAGAAACUCCGCAACAUCAUGUGCAGCUAUGUGUGGGAGCAUUUAGAGAUGGGCUACGUUCAGGGCAUGUGUGACCUCCUCGCUCCGCUCAUGGUCAUCCUGGAUGAUGAGUGCCUGGCGUACAGCUGUUUCACUCAGCUGAUGAAGAGGAUGAGUCAGAACUUCCCUAAUGGUGGAGCCAUGGACUCGCACUUUGCCAACAUGAGGUCACUGAUCCAGAUCCUGGACUCGGAGCUGUUCGAGCUGAUGCAGCAGAACGGCGAUUACACUCACUUCUACUUCUGUUACCGGUGGUUCCUGUUGGACUUCAAGAGAGAGCUGCUGUACGACGACGUGUUUGCGGUGUGGGAGGUGAUCUGGGUGGCUCCCAGGAUUUCCUCGCAGCACUUUGUCCUCUUCCUGGCCUUGGCGCUGGUCACAGUUUACCGUGAGAUCAUCGUGGACAACAACAUGGACUUCACCGACAUCAUUAAAUUCUUUAAUGAAAUGGCUGAGCGGCACGAUGUCCAGCAUAUCCUGAAGGUAGCACGUGAGCUGGUGCACAAAGUCCAGUCUCUGAUGGACAACAAGUAACUGUGAUGAAGAAGGCAGAAAGAGGAAUGGGAGGAUGCGGAGGGAGAGUGUCUGACCCUGCUGGAAACUAGAGCACUUCCUGCCUCCACUUACCCAGGCCACAGCCGGGUGGUCGAGGCGUCCCUUUUCUCCAGGUGAAGGCCCCGGGGCGGCUGUUGGAGCUCGGCCCGAUCUGUUUACAUUGCCCUUCACGUGGAAUGCCCAUGGUACCUGUUCGGACAUGUGGAUUUGUCUGCAUGCUUGUGAGUUUGAUCACACUGUGAACGCAUUCUUGAGUUUCCCCAGUCCGACAGAGUUUGCGUGCGUGCAUGAAACACACACACACACACACACACACACACUGUCACAACUCGGUUUUCUAAAGUCGCACUCUUUUCCUCGACUCUGAGACAGAACAUGUUGGAUGGCUGUCAGGAAAGUUGAGGCUCUCAGUGUUUGUGUUUGUCCAUGCAGUGCCAUCUGUGGCCACUAGAGUGCAGGAUGUACACACAGCAGAAGACUUAGCCACGAAGACGUUUUCAUUAGUGACCAAAUGGACUGUGCCAACGACCUUUUCAUGAGUGUUUUCUACAAGCAUUUGUGUUUUUACCCCCUCUUUUCUUUUUGUCCACAAAGUCAUUAUGACACAAAUGUUGCCUUUUUCAGUAACAGCCCAAGGUACUUACUUGCACUUUGUUGUGAGCGGGUCCUUCGCGGUCCCUGUGAAGGCCACGCCACAGUCUGUGGGGGCCGGAGGAGCCUGCGAGAGGCCAGACCAUUUAGGAACUCAGGAUGAAUUGCAGCCAGCUUUUCUGAACAUGUCGGUCAGUGUUUGAAGCAUGUUUACUCCCAGAGCACAACAGGAAACGCAAGCACACGAGCCUUCCUCCUUAUCCUCGCAAUUUUAAAAGGGCCACAGCUACGUUUGAGAGCUGCACCUCAACUUAUCUCGAUCAGUUUCACCUUGAGUUUAAAUAGUUUUUAGCUCUUUUUGUGGCUGCUCAUCAAUUUCAGAGAGCCAAAGGUUUCCAGCACAACGUCACCUACAUCCAAGGUGAGCAGGAGAAAGGUGGUGAAGAAUCCAGCGACACUUGAAACACUAGGAAACGACUUUACGUGUCGGGGUCAUUACAAAAUACCAAACAUGCUAUUUCUGGCUUCGCUGAGCCUACAAAGACUGACUGAGUUUUCAAAAGCAGACUAAGAAGACAAACUGAUCUAAUUAGGAUUAGUUGAAUUACAAUUUAAAAACUGAUUUAUCUAGCAGUGUUUGGAUAUUUUUAUGAAAAGGAUGAAAAUCACUUCCUUGAAGGAAACCUCAAACAGCUGGCUGUAGUUUAGCAGACGUCACAAUAAGAUCAUAGACUCGAGUUAGUGUUGUAGUGCUGUUUGUUCAUAACUUACAGCUUUUUCCAGCUGUUUAAAAACAGUAUUUAACAGUUAGUCACAAACAUGUACCUUUCUUGGUUCCCCGUCCCCGAGACUUAAAAGGAAGUUCUUGUCUGAUUGUUGGGAUCUCUCGCUAAUCUCAAAGGGUCUUUGCCUUGCUAUUAAAUCACACUGAGACAACAAGUAGUUGAGCUAAUUUUGUGAUAUACUUCCUGGAGUAUAAUUAUUUCAGAUAAUCUUUGAUUAACAUUUAAAUUUGUAUGAUCCUUAACUAUCACACAACAGAGCUGAACUAUAGUGUGAAAGCUCCAAUAACCAGCUACAAGUAAAUCCAUUUAACUUCAUAGAAAACGUCCGUUUCAGAUCGAUCUGUGUUGAAAUGUUGACAUUUGGUGAAGCUGCAGGAAAUAGAAGCACACAUUAUUAGGCAUUCCCUGGGAAAAAACAAACCAGAUGGAGUAUAUGGGAUAGAACGCGAGACACGAGGAUGCAGGAUGUGGUCAGUGCUUGUUUGACUUUUCGCAGCAAAGAAUAUUCUCGGGAAACAUAGACCAUCCUUUCAGUAAUUUCCUUUGAAACAUGCACGCUGACCUGAAGGCACCACGAAGACUGUUCAACUGUCCAGAGAAGUGGUUGCAAUUGUCCCUGUGAAGCCGAAGUCCAGCCUCUGAGACUCGGACUGGGUUUGUCUUUACAGUCCCAGGUUUAGAGAAAAAACAACAGAAAUCUGAAAGAAGCUGCUUUUAAUGCCAUCACUAGUGUUCAGUGGAUCAGUAUUACAGUGUGUUGGUGUUGGCUUCAGAGUAACAGCACAUUCACGUUUGUAUCUGAAGGGAGUCGGAUGCUUUUUUGACACCCUCCCUGCUCUCCCUUCUUCUCAGUGUGACCCUUUAUCGCUCCUUAAACCGUCCAUCGUGACCGCGUACGAUCGGUCGUCCGACACGGACCUGCACCUGUGAUUCAAGUGCCAAGAGUCUUCCCCGAUCCUAACGUGUACUGUAGUCAUCCUGCUCUCCGAUUGCUAGUUUGAUCCCAGGAACAGGCCGUGGCAUUGGAUGGACCUCGCUACGGCCCCUCCUCCCCGCCGCCGCGGAGGCUCGGAGGAGGAAUCGGGUCCGUGCUUUUUCUUCCGAUCAGGACGUUGUGUACCAAAGCCUUGAAACAGCCCCCUCUGUGGCAUGACGACAACGUGCAAUUUCAUACUGCAUCUUGAAGACUGACUGUUUACUAUUUGUGUAAAAUAUUUUUGGAAAUGGUGUUCUUGAAUUCUUUCACUACUGUGCAAUUUCUGUCAUUUGAGAAACCCAUCAAAGUCUAUACUGCUGUACAUAUGAACCAAAAGCCCAAUAUUUCUAUGAAGACAGACACAACAUAUAUACAAAUACACAUAUAACUUAUUUUGAGAUCUAUUUUUAUGUUGGUUUUAGCAGCACUAGCCAGAGGUGUGUACUGUGCAGAAAUGCAGAAUGUGUGCAGACCAUGUUACAGAUUGACUGUUAAGUGUUCUCUCUUAAUGUUGUGCACUGACUUUGAGAUUUCAAAUUUCUAUUUAUGUAGGGAGCCAACGAUUGCAUUGCUGAAUAUGUAUUGGUAAGGGUGUAUCAUUUGCCUUGAAUGUAAUGUAUUAUUAAAUAAGAAGUUGUUCAUGA